UCGGUGUGGCGACCAGCUGACUAGUGCUGCUCUUGAAGUGUGGUUCACGCUGUGUUAGAGGGAGUAAAAAGUGCGGCGUUUUCAACCCUUUACCUAGUUUCUUUGUCUGAACCAAAUAUUUGAUACACAUUUAAUAGUAGUUCCUAAGAUGUCUGGAGCAGACUGGAUCUUGAGCGAAAUAAGAGGUGCCGUUGAUUCCUGUCUAAAUUGUACGUUUUAGAAUCCCCCACCCUUUCUCGUUUUGUUGAUAUGGAACCCCCACCUUCUGGCCAGUCAGGUGGUUUACACCCUCAAGAUCGCGCCCCGUGCAGCCUGACCACUGUGUUUGACCUUACAAGGAAAGGUGAAGAAAGUCUGCUGAAAACCAACUCCAUGGACACUAUACAUGUGGUCAAGGGACCCAGCUGGUACAACGUCAAUCCUGUGACUAACAAGGGACCACUGUUUCCAGAAAACGCCUCUGACCAUACACCUCUGCCAAGUGAGCAGAUCCAGCCAGACGACGCCUUUUCAAACACGACUGUCACUCUGUCUUAUGUGAACAGGUCUCAUGUUUUCUCUUCCCAUGAUUCCCUCUCGCAGCUGCACCCACUUUGUGGUGUUUCGUCCAUCAGUAGAAAACUGUCCCGCCACUCCUCUUCCUUUGAAACAGACACAAUGCUAACCGAAGCUGGUAGAGGGGGUCUUUGCGUGGAGGUUGGCCAAGGCUUCCUGUCACAUGCUGCUAGGCCUGUUGGACUAGCAGCAGAGUCCUCUCUUUUUGAGACUGAAGAGCAGGCUCAGAUUAUUGAGAGUGUAACAGGGCAGCAAGCUAUCGAGGUGAAUGGAAAGCAAGCUGCCAGUACUUGGGGCAUGGACAAUAUUAAGCUUGCUCAUGGUGACAGCCCUGAGAAAUGCUUGUCAUCUCAGGAAAAGGACAAAGGUGGUUGUAUGCAAAAUGGUAUGGGCAGUGGUCCAUGGAAUCUCGAGUCACAUGAGGAAAAAUGCUCAGAGAGCCUGAUAACAGGUACAGAAGGAGCCCAGAAGAAGUGUGACUCUGAAGUGCUUUUGUUGAUUUCUAGAACUGAUGAUCCAAUCUUUUUGCAGGACCACAGAGGUCCUAGAAACUUUUUGUGCAGUUCCUUGAAUGGGGACUAUGUUAGUCCUUUAGAUGAUCCUCUGUCCCCCUCUACUACCUCUGUGGAUGACAUGGAAGAUGUUUUCAUUUUGCCUCAGACACUAAAUUCUCCCAGUGGAGAGAAUUCCUUCACAGAUGAAGCAGCGAACAUCACUGAGGAGAAUCCAGUGGAGGGGGAACCUUGUUCUGAUCUUUCUGUAACACCGUCUACUCUUACAGCUGUAGUAGGGGCAAGUUCCCUGCAAAGCACCUGCAGUGAUGAGGAUGUCAUAGAAAUGUCCAUCAGUAGAAAUGGAAUACAUGCAGUGCUGUCAGCUGUGCCAGAACCAUAUGUUGAGUCACCUGAGAUGGGCGAUAGUGUGCCCAAUGGAAAAGAAAGGAUUCCAGUCCAGAAAAAGUUGAGGACACCUGAUCUUUUAAAUGGGAAUGCACAGGAGGAUGGCAGGAGGUUUGAAAGGAAAAAACUUCCACCUCGCUCCAGGCGGGGGAUGAGGUUAGAGGCUAUUGUUCAGAACAUCACCCCUUCCAGGCAUAAAGUGACCAGCAGUGCCCAUUCCACAAAAAAACACUGCAGUCCUAAAACUCAGACCAAUGAAAUGCAUUCGGCAAGUAUUGGCCAAGGCAUUUUUAAUUCUGCAGGCAGCCACAACUAUAAAGAAAAAGAAGACUGUCCAGAGGAGCAGCCCACUGUAAAGUCAGCAUCCUUGCAAGAGGAUACAGGUAACAUUUACCUAGACCAUUCCAACAGCAAGAAGUCUACCUCAGGUUCUGAACAUGCAAGCAUUUCCAAACCUCAACACUGCAGCACAUCUCCGAAGCCAUGUAAACCACCUUACUCUGAUGUGAGGGAAACGGAAAAUGGGCAAUCCUGCGCUUCACCAGCUAAGUGCUCUCCAAGGCAGGCUCGAUCGAGAGCACUGCCUGUGCCAAAAGUGUGUCAGAAAAGCCCCACCAAGCAGCUCAGUGCUUCAACAAGCAGCAAAGCCACACAUAGUACCAAGAAAACCCAUAAAGCAAAAAGGAAGCGAAAUAAAUGCAAAGCCGGGCAGUCUUCUAUGUUUUCCCCAAAAGAGCCGGAAAUCAAGCUGAAGUAUGUGAACUACAAGGAGGAGAAAAGGGAUAAGUUGGAAGCGUUCUCUCCGUUCGUCCACAUGGAGGUCAAGGAGUACUCCACCUGCACGGUCAUCAACUAUCCUGAGGAGGAAAGUGCACGGCUGAAGAAAGGACAGCAGCAGGUGUGCAGCAGCUUCAUUUCUGGUGCAGUUCCCUCCACCUCUUGUUUACAGCUGGGCCGGCUCAGCACCGAGAGCAAGCGGCAGAGCUCUCUGGUCUGCAGCCUGUGUGGCAAGUCGGCUAAUUCCUUGGACUUGGGGGAUCUGCAUGGACCUUACUAUCCCGAAAACUUCAAACCUGCCCUGAAGGCCCACCUCGGCCUGCAGGGCCUGAAGGGCGAGGAGGACGACAGCGACUCGGACUCGUCAUGCAGCGCGGCGGGCAGUAAGCGUUCUCGCGCCGCAGGCUCCUGGCCCCAAAGGCCGUGCCACAGGCUGAAGCAGGAGGCAGUUCUGGGAGCUUGCAGCAAAUGGGACAGUGACAGUGACGCCUCACAGAGCCCCUUAGCCAAGAAGCCCCGGACAGAAUCUGCUGCAGGGGACUGGUACAGCCCCCCUGUGGUGCCCCUAGACACCAGCGAAUACUGGGUUCACGAGGACUGUGGCAUAUGGUCGGCAGGUGUCUUUCUGGUGAAAGGAAAGCUCUAUGGGCUGGAAGAAGCUGUUCGGCUGGCAAAACAGACCGUUUGUUCCACGUGCCAUGAAAUGGGUGCAACGCUGGGGUGCUUUUUCAAAGGGUGCCCAAAUAAAUAUCACUACGCCUGUGCAGUGCAGUCAGACUGUGUUCUCAAUGAAGACAAUUUCUCCAUGAAAUGUACAAAGCACAAGAAUAAGUCGGUCAGAGCUUCUUCAGUCAAUAGACUGGAUAACAGGUGACAGGAGAGGUGGAGGUGCUCUGGAAGAUGAACUCCAUCUCUGGCAGUCUGCAAACAGACUCCUCAAGUGAGUCCGUCAACCUUGAUGAUACUGGAAGAAUGUCGUUUGGUUUGGCAACAAGGCUCAGCUGAAUGCAAACACCCACAAACCUUAAUUCAGAUGUUCUUGUUUUCUUCUCUUAUUUUUAAAUCUACUAUUUAUGUACAUAACUGGCUGCUUCAGUAGAGCAGGACAUGGCUUUCCACAACUCUUUACUGCUCAGUGAAAUGUCUACCCACUUUGAUGUCCAGCUUCUUGGAUGGUACUACUGCUGCAUGUAGCGGGAGGAAAGGUUAAAAUGAAUAAAGACAGGAUCCUGGUCCAGCCACCCCAGAAUGGCAAAUAUAGAUUGUGUCCUUGGCCCUAAUUAAUGUAGGUGAUCAAGUAACAAAACUAAAGCAAAUGCCAUGUUAACAGUAAUGCCACACUCAGUCUGUGUUGGUAUUUCAAUAGAAAGGGCUUGGGGGGAGGGGGCAGACGUUAAAUUUCCACGUUUGUAUCUCAAUUGGACAAAUUCUAUUUUCCUAGUUUUGAAAGUUUUUGAUGAACUGCCAACUAUUUAUAUUUUAUUUUCAAUAUAAUUAUUUGCAGAUUGACAAAUUGAGGUGUAUAUAAGUAUUGUAUGUGUCUGUUUAUUAAAAAAAAAAAAAAACAUGAAGGUGAUAAUGAUGCAAUGUUUAAAAGGAAGAUAAUUGGGCUGUCUCCAUUGAUGUGUUUAUAUAUUCACCUCAUGAAUGUACUUGUAAUCCUUAGGAAAAAAUAUUUAGGCUAUUUGGUGGAGGGGUAGCUGAAAGCACUUUGCAGAGGCACUUAAAACCUUAAGUUAUUUAAUUCCCUGGACAGGCGGAAACCAAGUCCCACAUCCAAUUAUUCCGUUGCCAAUGGUAUUCAGACUGAAUUGCAUUAGCAGAAUAAACUGCUUCUGGCCUUAUUUUCCUCUGAUGCCGGCACUAUUACCUCUUACAGGGAAUGGAGAUAUGUGGCAUAACAUUGUUGGAUAGACCCCAGCCCCAGUUUACUAUAAGAUGCUGUUGAAUUUACAUGGGCAUACUAAAUGUAGUACACUUUCAUCUGUCACCAAGAACAACUUGAGUAUGUGCCAUUUCUCUGUAUGUGUUUUGGGGCAAAUUGAGUAAUUUGGUCAUGAGAUACUAACCUAGGAGUCAUUGUUUCCGGUUUCAUGCCUAGUGUUUGGGAAUGCAAUUGUGCAGAACUGAUAUUACAGCUUUGUCCCAACAGUAAUGGUUGCCCAAAGCACAUUUGUCAGAAAAGGCCUUUGUUUACCACACAUUAAAUUGCGCUCGUUUAAUUUGGUCAUAUCAGUGGUCCCUCUAGUUAGCACUUUGUUAUUUUGAAAAUGAAGGCACCUGUUGCCAACUGGACAACGAGACAAUAUUUAAAGUCAUUUCAAAUUCUGUGGCUCGCUGUUUUCCUCAGCAAUGGAUACAUUUCAAGAGAGACUAGCUUGAAUAAUUAGUAAAUGUGUGUGCUGUUGGUCAGUUGUAUCAUUUUAAGUGAUGGUGGAUUGCUUUGCUGUAGCCAAUGUCUCAUUUUGAUUCAGUAAAUGCAUUGUGGUGAUGGCAUUAAUGGGCUGUAGUAGUGACCUUAGCUGUUUUUGUUGGAGAAUAGUUUUGUGGGCUACUGAUAGCUCAUGUUAAUCGUCAGUUAAAUGCUUCUAGACUGUCUCCUUGUCUGAGACCCUCAGCCAAUUACUCAGUUCACUAAUGAUACAAAUAUUCACUCAUUUGAUGUUGUUUGUAACCACCCAUCUCUUGGAAGGAAAUGUUGUUCCAUGUUCUCAAUGUUUAUGGGAAAGACUGCACUUUUUAAAAUGUGUAUGGGUUUUAUUUUUCUUUGAUCAUUUGCAUGUUUUUUUCCCAUAGCUGUUUGCCCUUUUUACACACUGCAGAGAACUUCCCUACAUUUUCUUAGAAUGUCUAACCAUCACUUGAGUGUCCAGAACGGUAACUAGGGUUAAUAGUUUGUCCCAACAUGUAAAAAGGUACUACACAGUCAAUGCGAUCCAUGCAAAAGAAGUGCCAUGGAAAAAGCUAGUGCAAUAAGUUUAAGCUAAAUAGGUUUCUUAUGUAUUUAAUGACAAGUUGCACUGCUGUCCCAGCAACCCAAAUCAACAUUUAUUUUUUUGAUUAGGUAUAUUGUGACUUCAAAAUUAUGAUAUAAAUUUAUAUUGCAUGUUUAAUUUGUUUUUAAAUGCCCCCCUCCCCCCCAGUGCAGUUCUUACUCCUGUUGGAAUACUAUAGGACAAUGUGUAAAAGAUCCUCCAUGGUAACACACUGUUGCCUGUGCUGCAAGGCGUAUUCAUACUAAUGCAUAAUGUGUAUGUAUGUAUAUUUAUGACUGUCUACUGUGUUUGGGAGAUAAAGAAGGGAAGCCCCUUUGUGUCUAGUGAUAUAAAAGCUGUUUAAGGUUAAAUGUCAAUUGUUAAGUGUUCGACAAGAGAAUGAAAUAGCGUUUUUCAAGGCGGUGGUGGCUGGGCUGGGCUGGACUGGCUUGGUUGGAUCAAAGGCCUCAUGUUACUUUUCUGUGUAUAUCUGUGUGGCUGUAUAUAGUCCUGUAAAGGGAUAAAACGCAGCACACCCACCCUUGACUGUCAUAAUAAAUACUCAUAUUCUUACAGUA